GCCGGCUGUACACAGCACACAUGGAGAACACGUGGUCCCUGUUUGCGCUGAGGCUUUUUGUCCCUGAGCGGGAUCCGUCUUCCAGCGCCGGAACUGAGGGAUCUACAGGAGACUGGGCCGCUGCCGACUGACAGGAUGGCGGUAGAAUUACAGGCGGUGGUGAUGGCGGUUUAUGGGGGGUCCCGGAUGCAGGACCUCACCACCAGUAUCCCAAAGCCGCGGCUUCCUGUGGGCAAUAAACCCCUGGUGUGGUACCCGCUGAACAUGCUGGAGCGGGCAGGAUUCGAGGAGGUCAUUGUGGUGACCACCAAGGAGGUGCAGAAAUACAUCCCAGACAUGAGAAUGAAGGUGGAGGUCGUGUGUCUGCCCGAUGACAGGGCGUCCGAGAUGGGGACGGCCGACUCUCUGCGCCACAUCUCCUCUAAGAUAAAGAGCGACGUCCUGGUAAUCGGCUGCGACCUCAUCACGGAAGUUGCUCUGCACGAAGUCAUUGACCUGUUCCGAGCUCACAAUGCCACGCUCGCCAUGUUGAUGCAGAAAGCGCCGGAGCCCAGCGAGCAUGUCCCCGGGCAGAAAGGGAAGCAGAAGGCUGUGGAGGAGCGAGAUUUCAUCGGCGUGGACGACAGCGGCUCCCGACUCCUGCUUCUGGCCAAUGAGGAGGACCUGGACGAUGGUCUGGACCUGAAGAAAUGCAUCUUCCAGCGAUAUCCCCGAAUUCACAUGAAAAUGGGAAUGUUAGACGCUCACCUCUACUGUCUGCGGAAAUACGUGCUGGACUUCCUAGCCGACAAUGACUCCUUCUCCUCCGUCCGGCGGGAGCUGGUGCCGUAUCUGGUCAGUAAACAGUUCUCACAUAAGAAUGUGAACCACGAAACAGACAAGAAAGACAUCUACAGUUAUAUACCGCGGGAUAGCCUCCUGGAAAUGGCCUUAGACAAGUCCAGCUGGAACGACCACCGGGGCGACAUGAAGGAGUCGUAUCAUGGCAGCCGCCUGCGCUGUUAUGUGCACGUGGCCAGUAGUGAGCUGUGCUGCCGGGUGAACAGCCUGGCCAUGUAUAUGGAGGCCAACAAGCAGGUGCCACAGAGCUCCAUCUGUAGUGAAGAGCCUCGCGUCCAUACAACGGCCGACAUCGCGGAUAAGCUCAUGGUGGGAACAGACAGCAUGAUCGGGGAACAGACGAAGAUCGGGGACAAGACGUCUGUGAAGCAUUCAAUUGUGGGCGCCAACUGCGUCAUCGAAGGGAGAGUGAAGAUCACAAACUGCAUCAUCAUGAACGACGUCACGAUACAGGACAGUUGCAACCUCCAGGGAAGCGUCAUCUGUAACAAAGCCUUCAUCCACAGCGGUGCCGAUAUUAAAGAUUGCCUGCUCGCCUCAGGUCUUCGAAUCAAUAGUAAAGAAAAACGUGUAAAUGAGAUCAUUGUGGGGAACGAGCAACUAAUGGAGAUCUAGUGUCGCCCCAGAAGAAGCCCCGCCAUCCCCUCCCCCACCAACCAGACUUAUUUAUAGGAUAAUAAAGGAUUGGGAGGUUUAUUA